UUGGUUCACCUCGCAAUGCAAAUGCAGGGCAAACACCGCAAACUGCUGCUGCGAUGUCUCCUGGUCCUGCCCCUCAUCCUGCUGGUGGACUACUGCGGCCUGCUGAUCCACCUGCACGAGCUGGACUUCGAGCGGCACUUCCGGUACCCUCUGCUGGACGGUGACACCACCAAGGGAUCUGGUCUGCAGAGGUUCUCCUACCUGCGGUUGCCCUCGUUCACCGGCGAAAUCCAGGAGGAUCAGCCACCCCGCGUAACCCUGCUCAUCAAAAGCGCCGUGGCUAAUGCGCAGCGGCGGGAGGCCAUCCGGCGAACGUGGGGCUAUGAGAACCGCUUCUCGGAUGUCCAUCUGCGCAGGGUCUUCCUGCUGGGCAGCGGGCAGGCGGGCGAAAAGGACCUGGCCUGGGAGUCCCGCGAGCAUGGCGACAUCCUGCAGGCGGACUUCACGGAUGCCUACUUCAACAACACACUGAAAACCAUGCUGGGUAUGCGCUGGGCCAGCGAGCAGUUCAAUCGCAGCGACUUCUAUCUCUUCGUCGACGACGACUACUAUGUGUCGGCCAAGAAUGUGCUGAAGUUCCUGGGCCGCGGACGUCGUAGCCAUCAGCCGGAGCUGCUAUUCGCUGGCCAUGUGUUUCAGACGUCGCCGCUGCGCCACAAGUUCAGCAAAUGGUACGUUUCGCUCGAGGAGUAUCCCUUCGAUCGCUGGCCGCCGUAUGUGACGGCCGGUGCCUUCCUGCUCUCCCGCCAGGCGCUGCUCCGGCUGUACGCGGCCAGUGUCCAACUGCCGCUCUUCCGCUUCGAUGAUGUCUACCUGGGCAUUGUGGCCCUCAAGGCGGGCGUACCGCUGCAGCACUGCGACGAUUUCCGCUUCCAUCGGCCGGCGUACAGGGGUCCGGACAGCUACAGCUCGGUGAUAGCCUCGCACGAGUUCGGCGACCCCGAGGAGAUGACCCGCGUGUGGAACGAGUGCCGCUCCGCCAACUACGCGUAGCACGAGGGCUAUCCCACUCCCAUUCCCAUCGAGAUUGUACAUACGGAUGAGUCACCACCUAGGUAGCCAACAGCCUUAUUAAACUAAAGUAACGUAGAGCACUCUGUUGAUGGAUGGCAUCUCCAUCAGGGAGUUUCAGAAGAUUUCAAGAUAUCAUGCUCAUUGUAGGAAUAUUGAUAAAAAGAUUUUAUUAUUGUGCUUACUUCAAAUUACCCACUAAGUGUGCAAAUUAUAGUUAUAAGAAUUAAGUAACUUGAA